AUGUAUUCUUCAUGUGCUCAAUCCAAACGCCUCAUUUCUGUCCAUAUCUUGGCUAUACAACUCCUUCUCGUACGCAGUGUUUCCUCCCUAAACCUUACCAAUGCGUAUCUCAACCACAAAUGCCACGUCAGUCAAGGAACUUAUAAGCCUGGAAGUAAUUACGAGAAAGAUCUCAACUUUCUCAUCGGCCGCAUUUCUAACGAUCCUUUUGUCGACGGUUUCAUACACUUAUCUAACGGCGAGCCUCCCGUCACCGUCAUAUUUCAGUGCCGCGGAGACUCCUACGGGUCCACGUGCCGUUCUUUAUUUGCCACAGCCAUAGCCGAGCUUCGUAGGAGGUGUCCGGGAAACAAAGGGGCAACAAUAUGGUACGACCAAUGUUUUCUUGAUAUUGGUACGAUCAAUGCGUCCCCAAGGAAGAUCGAUUACAAGAAUACUUUCUCUAUGCACAACCCAAACAACGUGAACGGGGACAAAGUGUUGUUUAACAAGAAGACCAGGGAUCUCCUCUACGAGCUGAUUCUAAAAGCCGAUCAAGCCAUGCCAAACAGCAACAGUUUGCAAUAUUACGCGGCGGGGGAGAAGAUGAUCGGGACAAAGAAAUUGUAUGCAAUGGUGCAGUGUGCGCAAGAUAUAUCUGAUUGUAAGGGUUGUUUGGAAUGGAGUAUCAAGGAGCUCUCCAAGUGCUGUGAUAGUAAACAAGGAGGUAGAGUUUUAGGUACGAGCUGUAAUCUUAGCUGGCGCGUGCCUCUCUCGAUACCUUGCGUUUCCUCACCGAUGGACACUGUCUCCGAGUCUCACAUGGCUGCCGCAAUGGCUUCUCUUAGAGGGAUCGGAAUCGUCGCUCAGUCAUCGAUAAUUCGCCAAGCCAAAUCUCUCAGACAUCCGAUUGCUUCCGACGCCGGCGUGAAAUUCCCGGAGUACGAGAUUACUUCUUUGGAUGCCUUUGGUCCUUCUUGUCUUUGUCACCCAAACAUGAACAAUGACGACUCCGAAAUUGUUAGGCUACGUCACGAAUUCUCAGUGGACGAAAAUGAAUUACGAGUAAAGGGAGAUGAAGAUAUACGAUUACAUGAAGAGCUGCGACGGCAACAUGGUGAGACUGUGAACGUGGUGACAAAAGACGAUAUAGAGAGAGUUAAAGGAUAUCCAAAGUCAGGACCAGGGAUUGUAGGUCCAGACGGCGCAGAAUUUGAUUCAAGCUGGUUUGAUGGGUUAAGAGUUGGUAUGGGAUCUGGUUCGAUAUGUACCACACAAGAGGUUUGUGUAGUUGGUCGUGGACAGGCUACUGCUGUGUACAAGGUUUGUUCAGUUGCUGAACAGAGUUGGAUUCCGGUUAUAGCAGAUGGUAGUAUUUCGAAUUCAGAACUAAAUGACACAUGGUAA